AUGCCCAUGUUUCUUUGUGGAAGGGUGCUUGCAGGCAUAGGCCAAGGAUUGUGGUUGGCAAACGUCAACAUAUACAUCUGUGAGAUAGCGCCUUCGAACUAUCGCGGAAGUCUCAUAGCGUUACCACAGCUCAUGGUGACUGUCGGUAUAUUUUUGAGUUACUUCACCUGUCUAGGUUCAGUCAAGAUGACUUCGUCGAUGGCUUGGCGCAGUCCGUACAUUAUCAUGGGCAUCCUCAGUUCUCUUCUAGGAAUCUCUUGCAUCUUCUUACCUCAGUCACCACGCUGGCUCAUGCUCCAUCAUCAACGUGAAAAAGCGGUCAAGGCGAUCCAGCGGCUCGACAUGGACGCUGUUGAAGCAGAGAACUAUACCAUGGGAACACAAGAGACAGCGCAGAAUGAGACACAGUGCAACAAGGUGAAACAGCUCAUCGUUCUUUUCCGUCCGGAAUACAAAUCAAAAUCUAUGCUUGCCGCUUUCCUGCUCUUGAUGGUCGGUUUAUCUGGUAUUGACGGGAUCCUUUAUUACGCCCCUGUCCUAUUCGGCCAAGCGGGAAUUCCUACAAAAACGGCCGACUUCCUGGCCUCAGGUUGCUCUGCGAUCCUGAUGCUUGCCGUCUCCAUCCCUGCAGCCAUCUUCGCUGAGAAAUGGGGAAGAAGAACGGCGAUGCUUCUUGGGGGAGCCGGUCUGUCGACUUGUAUGUUCCUCAUGGGAAGUUUGUAUGCGUCUAAUUCCGUCCGUGCAUCUGGCGUUGGAAGGUGGUUUGUAAUCAUCUUCAUCUUUCUCUUUGCGGCCGUGUAUUGCGUGACCUGGGCAGUUGCAGGCAAGAUCUACGCUAGUGAGAUUUUGCCUACUAAGCUGUUUAUUGGUGAAACCAAAUUGCUAAAGAGGAGUAUCAACCCAGUUGGCCAAUUGGUUCGUUGCAUUCACAACACCCAUAUUCCUCUCGAAGUCUUCAUAUGCGCUGUAUUUUCUAUAUGGAAGUCUUUCCUGUGUGACCAUGAUCGUUCUGGCGCUCUAUAUGCCCGAGACCAAGGGGAAGUCUUUGGAGGAGAUUCAGCAGGGCUUCCGGGUUCCGACAUCUCGAUUGCGGACACCGAUAAAGACAGUGAUGAUGGCUAUUCAGUGAUAUUUACUGCACCUCGAAAAGUUUUGUUCUUUUGGCCAAUUUAUAGGGAACGUACGUAG